AUGGGACUGCCUUUGGAUGGUCUAACAAGGAUGCCUAUACAGAAAACACACCACAGCGAAGAAGACCUAGUUAUUGGUAUCAUAGACUCAGGUAUUUGGCCAGAAUCAGAAAGCUUUAAAGACAACACACUUCCUCCACCUCCUAGUAGUUGGAAGGGUGUGUGUCAGGAAGGAGAGCAAUCCAGUAAGUCCACAUGCAAUAGAAAGCUAGUGGGUGCACGAUGGUAUGUCAAAGGUUAUGAAGCAGCUAAGGGACCUCUAAAUACUACUGAAGUUCCAGAAUACCGAUCAGCUAGAGAUCACAAUGGGCAUGGAACACACACAGCCUCUACAGCAGGUGGAAGUCAAGUAAGAAAUGCAAGCUUUAUGGGUUUAGGAAGAGGAAUUGCUAGAGGAGGUGCCUCUCGAGCAAGGAUUGCAAUGUAUAAGGUUUGUCGGUUAGGUGGUGACUGUAGUGAAGCUGAUAUCCUUGCUGCUUUCCAUGAUGCCAUCAGUGAUGGAGUAGAUGUGCUAUCUAUUUCCUUGGGCUCGGGAACACCUUUGCCUGACUAUUUUGCUUCAAGUUUAGAUAUAGGCUCCUUCCAUGCAAUGGAAAAGGGUAUUCCUGUAGUGAUUUCAGCAGGAAAUGAUGGCCCUGACCCUGCUUCUGUUUCAAAUACAGCUCCUUGGAGUAUGUCUGUAGCAGCAAGCACUAUGGACCGUAGCUUUCCAACAUACAUAAUGCUUGGAAAUAAUAUGAGUAUCAAAACUCCACAGUUUCUUUAA